AUGGAUAUUCCCACGUUGGCCAUUCCCGGCGAUAACGGCAGUCAGAUACAAUCGCAGCAGCCUAUGUAUACUGGACAUUUGCAAAGAAAGCAGGCACCUGAGGGUUCUGCUGAAUGGUAUUUCGACCAAGCAGGAGACUGGAUGGGUAACCAUCCGUGGAUUACGGGUCUUGGCUUGUUUGGAGUGGCGUAUUUUGCAUCUGGGUUUGUGAAAUCGAACCAGCCAGGACUUAAUGGCAAGGCAUUUAUCAAGGGUGGCUUUGGACAGAAAAUGACUGCUAAAGAGGCCCUUCAGAUUUUGAACUUGAAGGAGACCAAUUUGUCCAAGUUGAAGUUGAAGGAGCAGCACAGAAAGUUGAUGAUGGCCAACCAUCCAGAUAAAGGUGGUUCUUCGUUCUUGGCCACCAAGGUGAAUGAGGCUAAGGAUUUCUUAGAGAAGAGAGGAGGCUUGAAGGCAAAGUAG